AUGCCCGACGGUCCUGCCGCGCCGAGUCCAGUCAUUCCAACAUACAGACCUUCUGAAAAGUUCUCUGGCUCGCCAACAAAGCUUUCUAUCAUGCCCACAGUAGCCCUCACAGAUUAUAAACAAUACACCCGAAUACCAGGACUGCGCAAGCCCCGACCUCGAUCCGCUGGGGCGUCUAGCCGACCUAUGCGAAGUGAGAAUAUCGCAGAACUAGUUCGUUUCUUCCAGACGCCAGAGGAAACCGAAGCAGAAUCGGUAAUUGGUUCCCAGAUCAACGACAUGGACCUAUUGAAGGCAGGCCAGCGUCGCCUUCGAGACAUGGGCCAAACAAAAUCCGGGAGGUCCUCAAUCAAGAGCUCUGGCGCUUCAAGUUCAUCUGAAAAAUUAAAGACACAACGCCAACACCUUGUGGCUUUACAACGCGAGGGAUUACUACCGGGCCUAGAAGACUUGGGCGGUAAUAAGCCUCGCUCAUCACGCACGAAGCAUGUGAGGCAUGAUAAGGAAGGCUUGCUACCCAGCCUCGAAGAUUUGACGGAUAAGUCUCGUCCAUCACGCACAAAGCAGGACGUGGAAGCGAUCGGGCGUCCAUGGCUCGACGAUGCUUUAACUUCAAUACCAAAGAGCGAAGAAAGAUCGACCUCGCAAAUCGAACUGCCUUUACACGACUUGCGCAGUGAGUCAUUGAGUCUAGGAGAUUUGGCUGCGCUUGUCGAAUUUUCUGCAUCAUUCCCGGAAUUAUAUUCACACGACAGCGAUCCACCACCAUACCAGGCUAAAGCCCAGUCACAGCCUCAUUUACCAGCACAUGCCUCUAACAGCAAUAGUGCGGCAGCACCAAGUCGUGAAGACCAUGGUAGAAACGAAAAUAGCCGCCAGCUAGGGAAUACGGCUGAAAGCCACAGUCGUGAUUCACGUCCAGAGAGAGAUACACUAACACUAAACAAGCCGGCCCAGGGCCAUCAGGUGGCCAUUAACAGGCAGCCUCAGAAUAGACCUGACACGUCCAAGAACGACGAUGACAGCUCCUGUGGAUCCAAUUCGGAUUUCGAUGACGCUAAAAGCCUUGCUGUGCUUCUGCGCGCAACGGAGAGAUUAGGUCUUGAGAAGAAAAGGACAUCACAAAAAGCACCGUUAGCAGAACCUUCUUCUGGCGUUGCCAAUGGCGUCCCUGCUGCUGCUGCUACCACCACCACUACAGCUUCAGGCGCUAUCAAGGACAAUACCGCACCUCAUUCCUUGAACCAGGGGGUGACCGACACUCCUUUAUUCGUAAGAAACCUGCUUGAAAACAAACAUGACGGCGCUGAAGCUGCCAAAAAGAUCAACGCCAAAGCUUCAAGGAGUACGGAUCAACUAUUACCCCUGUCGCAAGCUGAUGCCAACCUGCCAAACCAUCUCAACGCGGGUCCCAUACCAUUAAAGCUAGUCGCUGAAUGCAUGCCUCCUUCCAUCUCCAAACCCGAUUCCUCUCAACCGUUGAAUACUUUUGUCCCUAGGCCCUCAAGCAAUUUGAAUGAUGAAACCAACCUACUUCAACCUCCUUCCACUGUUGUUGGCCCUAGCUCAGCCAGUUUCCCACGCCCACGAGCCCUCCUUUCGCCAAUUCCCAUUCAGUCCCGCCGUGCUCGCAGUGUAACUCCGGAUGUCGCGUCAGGCAUGUAUAUAAAAGGGAAGAAAAAGGGCAAGAAAGCCCCAUUAUAUGUGGUGACUGAUGCUGCUCCUCUUCCGCCCCCAGCCAAACCUCUACCUUCAUUACCACAAAGUGCGGAUGCCCUUGUUGGGCCCAAGCCUAUUCAAGGGGACCGGAGCGCAUCGACGCCUGCACAGCCAGCUUCCGCUCCACUAGAAUAUAGAGAGGAAGAUCGGGAUAGUCCGGUAUUGGGUAUGAAUCCUCGCAAAUUGCACUUACAAAGAUCGUUGAUUGGAAGUCGGCCAUCAUCCCGUUAUUCUAAUAGAAGUACUGAUGCUUCAGACGCAUCACACAACUCGAGCGACGAUCAGUCAUCGAGAACCGCCUCUCCUACUGUUUCCAGGCCUGAAUCUCAGCAAGGCCGGGCGAUUCAUGUUCACGCCAUACGAAUGCGAGACAUUGAUGCAAAGAAAAGGAAAUACGCUCCUGGAGUGAAAACAAGUGCUCAUGCUGGAUCAGGGAUGCAUUCAUUGAAGCAUGAUGGUCGUUAUCAGCCACAACCUGAAUCUCGGGGCCAGACUGAUCAAGUAAGAUUCAGUAGAUGGAAUCGCAUUAGCACAGUACCUGAGUUCCCUCUUCCAAAAAAUCCUCCUUUGAACGCCCAAGGGGCGCCACAUAUUCGGCGGCGAAACUCCACAACCUCACUACCAGGGUCUAUUUCUACAUUGAAUGGCUACGAAGGAGGUCUAUCUCGCAGUGUCAGCGUUACAAGUGGCUCCAUAGACAGUUUUUCUAUCAAACAUGGGAAGACAGCUAUUCUACCGGCGAAUGCUACAAAGAAUCUCUCUCACAGCAACUUCCAGCCUCAAUCCCCCUUGCUACCAUCUUCUGAUGACGAGAUGCAUGACCCUCGGCCGCGUCGUUUAAAGAAUAACAUCUCUAUAAGGGAUAAUGGUGAAUCCGAGACUCGCCAGGUGAACCAACGUCUUGCAAAUGCUAAAAGCAAGCAAUCUAUCAAACAAGAGGCAACGUUGAAAUACCAAAACUUAUCUUCACUUUCGGAAGAUUUGCUGCAUUCUCUCCCACCUGGAGCCGGUGACUCUCAUAUAAGUUACGUAAACGUAUUGCACCAUCUUGAGUCUCGGAUUGCUACAUUGGAACGACAGAACAAGAUGCUUCAAGCAGCCCUCCUCGCCGCCCUCGACGUCGGUGUCUCGCACGAUGCCGGCAGUGCACAAAGCCGAAGCUCAAGUCCGGCGUCGAGCUCCAUGAGAGUACCUACCAUUAGUGAGAGGGCGAUGCCUUCAUCAAAUAACUUGGGUAUUGACAGCGCCCGCCGAAAGCAAGGAAAGGCAACUCAACGAUAUCACGCAAGCCGCAACCUAUACGCGCACGAUGCAGCCUCCCAAGGAAGCCGUGGCAGCUUUGAAACUACCAGCUCCCAUAGCGAUAGUAGCAUACGGCCAGUUGAGGGUGUGUUAAGUAACCCGGAUGCCGGGGGUUGGAAUGAAGCGAUUCGGAAGAAUCGCAAAUAA